CGGCAGGGGCGGUGCCGGUAGAGUUGGGCGCGGGAGCGCGGUGCUUGGUGCGCGCCACCGCCCCUCGGCCCAGCUUGCUGGCCUUCCCCACCUAAGCCCUUGGGCGGUUCAGCUGGCCCCACCCCUUCUUCCUCUCCUGGCCCGGAGGCCUGGUGCGCGGGGAAGCGCAACGUUCGUGGCCUGGCUAUUGGGGCAAGGCGGUUUUGGCGCUCCAAGGCAAGUGAGACACUGGAGCUGAGGGAGCAUCAUGGCUGUGUUUCUGGAAGCCAAGAAUGCCCAUGCAGUCCUGAAACGGUUCCCUCGUGCCAAUGAAUUCCUGGAGGAGCUACGUCAGGGCACCAUCGAGCGGGAGUGCAUGGAAGAGAUCUGCAGCUAUGAAGAGGUCAAGGAAGUAUUUGAGAACAAAGAAAAAACGAUGGAGUUUUGGAAGGGAUACCCAAAUGCAGUAUACUCAGUCCGAGAUCCCUCACAGAGCUCAGAUGCCAUGUAUGUGGUGGUGCCCCUUCUGGGGGUAGUCUUGCUGAUUGUCAUUGCCUUGUUCAUCAUCUGGAGGUGCCAGCUGCAGAAAGCAACUCGUCACCACCCCUCCUAUGCUCAGAACCGGUACCUAGCCAGUCGCACCGGGCACAACCUCCCCCGAGUCAUGGUAUACAGGGGCACUGUGCAUAGUCAGGGAGAGUCCUCUGUGCACCGAGAGGCAGGGAAUAACCCACAGAUAGUCCUGGGGCCCAGCCGGGGAGGCAGAACCACUGUCCGGCUGGAGAGCACCCUCUACCUCCCAGAGCUCUCUCUCUCCAGACUGUCCAGCGCUACCCCUCCCCCCUCCUAUGAAGAGGUGACUGCACCCCAGGAGGGCAGCAGUGAGGAGGCCAGUGUGUCUUACAAUGAUCCUCCCCCAAAGUAUGAAGAAAUUGUGGCAGCCAGCCCCAGUGCAGACAAGUAGCUGAGUACAGGCCCUGGCCUGUAUAAAAGCCUCUUCCAGAGGUAGCCUGCUUCCAUUUGGACUUCUGAAAGACUGUGCCACCACAGAACAGCCUUAGCCUCCUUGUUGCCAAAUAAUUCCCCAACAGUGGAUUUCUAGGAAGUCAGUUUGUAGAGACAGUUGGUGUGUCUGUGUGUGUCGGGGGGGGGGGGGGGGGUUGGGGCAUAGGACAAGUACAUGAUACCCCAGGGAAAAGCUACAGACCUGAAAGCCUGGGUCUUCCAGACCCCUACCCCACCCCCAACUAUGCCAAGUCCCCACCAUCCUGCCCUCUCUUUAGGGACUGGCUUCCCUUAUGCCAAAGGAACCAUCCCAUGGUGUUGUUUGUGGCCAGAAUGUCCACAGGCUCAUCCCUGAGGCUAUGGGGAUGUCUGGGGAUUCCUGUGUUUCUGGAGACCUAGGCCACAGAGAUGAGGUGGUCAAGCUAGCCCUGCAGUUUCCCCUUUUUCAACAGUUACCGUUCUCACACAUAUUAUGAGGACAGAAAUAAGGGUUGAACUAGGAACAAAACACAAGUAAUAAAUAAUGAACCAUAGAUGAAAACAAUAGCCUUUUGAAGCCCUCCAGAAAAAAUCAGUUAAAUAGACCUUGGCACAGCCUUCAUCCAACACCCAUCCCUAUGCUCCUGACCAGGAUGAAAUCUAUGUGUAGAUCAACCUGGUAGGAAGACAGGGCAUAAGAAGGAUGAGGAAAGGGGGCUGGGUGGCAGAGCUCCUUCUUCCAGACCAAUCAAGGGGCCCACUUGAACUCUGCCAUCUUGUUUUUGAUGUAUACCAGCUGUGCUCAAAACCAAUCCACACUGGCAUAAGCCCAUAUGUAACCUUAGAGUACUGUGUAUGUGGGAAACUGAUGUCCCCUUCCCCCCAUGGAGCCCAGGGCCUCUCCCUGGUUGUUGCAGACUGGCACAGAAAGCUCAAGAUUCCACUUUUGUGGGGUUGAUAAAUCCACAGGAUAGUUAAAACCAUGAGCUCCACCUCCUUGACACUGUGCUGUCUGGCUUUGAAGUUUUAGGAUACUUCCUUUUUUUGUAAAUAGGUGUAUUGAACUUGAACUUUAGAUUGUGAUUUCUCUUAAUGAUGGUGCCCAUACAGGGAGAAGUUCCUGAAGUGUCUCUUAAAAAUUUUCUUAGUGGGAAAGCCCGUGACCUGGGGUCUAAAGUCCACCUGGGAUUUGCUCUGCCAUGGCCAGGUGCUGAUCUGUUUUCAAUGAGGCUUUGGAAGAUGUUGGGCAGAGGUGACUUGCUCUUUAACUGUCAAUGAUGAAGUAAAAGACACUGUUGAUACCAUCUCUACCCGCUCCAGUCUAUUCUCCUGGUCUCUGUGCCAAAUCAUUUUUCCUCUGUGGUGCUUUAAAAAAUGUAGCACAUUUUUGUGGGGCCCAAAGAGAGUGCAUAGCGUGGGUCUGUUGGCAACUGCAAUGGUUUCCAACCCACAGUGUUGACAAGGUUCCUUCUGUCUAAGCAGCUCUCCAAGGCAGACACUGAGGCAUAUUUCUUGAAUGCAGCCCUACCUUGAGGCCCCAGAUGACUUCUAGAGGCUGUUCCAGUGAAGGGGACUUUCCCGGGGUUGGAGGGGGGGUGUUUGUAAUCAAGGUUAUGUUCUUACCCCAGUGAGGCUGCCAGCUUGUAUAACUCCACCCUGUGGUUCCCCUACCUCACAGGCCCAUUGGAGGCUGAUGAUGGAGCUAAUGCUGGUGAAGUGCUUGAAGCACCUUGGAACCAGUGAAUCACGUUUGCCCUUAGCAGGAUUCUUUUAGACUAGGUAUUAGCUGUAAGGGACUGGUUUUAGCUGAGGGUUUCGAAUGCCUCUGAUGUUUAGUGUCAAUCUGAGGAGUCAGUCUCUUUCCAUUUGAUCCUAUGUGGGCCUUCCUCUCUCCCUAGUUCCCUGACACCAGAAAUACUGACUAGAUGCCAUUCCUCCCUCUGUCCCUCCAUUUUGAACGUCUUCCUUCCCUCCCUUCCUGA